UGCAUUUGAAUUUCGUUUUACGAUGUUGAAAAAAAUGUCUUGAUUAAAGCAAUUGAUUAAAAUAUAUUUAUUUAUUUUGUGGAAUAACAGGCGAUAUGUUAAGAAUUUAGUUGUUUUGAAAGCAUAGUGUGAACAUUUUGGAAUAUACUAUACCAGUCAUUGAAAUAUAUGUUACAGAUAUAUGUGAUUCAUUAAAAGAAAAAAAAAGAAGCAAGAUAAGAAUAAAUAUUGAAUGUAUGUGUUAUAGUUUACGGAUUUCAACACGACAUGUUUACAAUGAAUUGCAACCAACAGCUGAAUUGUAUAAGUCAUUAUGUUACCAAAUUUAAUUGCGUGUCUCUGUAACAAAGAUUGUUAUUAUUAGAAUUUUGUUAAUGCAACACCGUCAAUCAUUUGAUGGAUAACACCCACUCGUCGAUAACUUUACGUUUAAAGAGACUUAUUUACAGAUUGACACAAUUUAAACAUAUUAUUAAAUACAUUAAAGAACUUAACUGUAAUACGUGGGAUAUUAAGCGUCAUGAGAAUUCCACGGAACAUAAUACAAUAAAAGAAAAAUGUGCUUGCCCCGAUGAUUGAACUCGGUGCAUUAGAAUCGAAAGUAAACGCGCAACAACUUUACCAUGCAGGUUUCGUAUUAAGUUUAACUUUCGCCGGAUAUGACGUGUGUGACGUUAAGGGAACGCUUAGAGGGAUCAACCAGUUAUCCACUGGUAACGAAAGUUGAAUCCAAAAAAGCCUCGAGGAACAGGAGUGUAUCAGAUGGCGAAACAAACACGAGCAAUGGCGGGCAACAGUUGCUGUCCGAGUCCUGCGCGCGUUCUGUUCAAUAUUUUGCGGCAUCUGCGCUCGUUGCUAUGGUAGCGUUCCUCUGGGUCGCGGACGGAAUGGAGGUUAACAUGACUGCGGUCACAUACGUGCAUCUGCUCAGCUUUGCCGCUCACUUCGGUGCCCAGUGUUGGGUCACAUUCGUGGCAGGAAUUACAAUGUUCUUCACGCUACCGCGUAACAUGUUUGGUUGUCUGCAAUCUCGUCUGUUCCCGUUGUACUUUGCAACGUCUUUGGCGCUAUCAAUUGUUGCCAUGGUGACGUUUCUGUUGCGUCAUCCGUACAUCUUGUUGACAUCAGUAGAUCAUAGACAGCUUAUUCUACUCGGCGUUUGUGUGGGGUGUUCGUUCGUGAACAGCUUCUUUCUGGCGCCCAAGCUCGUCGCCUCGAUGAUCCACAUGUUCGAGCUUGAGAAGGCUCUCGGUGUGGCGUCCGUGGUCGGCUAUUGUGACCGGAAGGAGUUAAAGAAAGAUCCGGUCUACAGCCGCCACUACAAGACAUUCCGUAUAAGCCACAGCGUUUCAGGUCUUGGAAACCUCGCCACUCUGUCGUGCAAUCUUCUAUACAUGUACCAGAUAGCCUGCAACUAUUUAGAAUUGCAGAGAAGACCUUUAUGUGAUAUAUGACAUCGAUGCUUAAAAACCGUUUAAAAAACAUAUAAAGUACGAUUUAUUUUUUUAACAAGAUUGUGAUCAUGUUCUUCAGGACGUGAAACUAUCAAACAGGGUGACACAUGUUUUAUCACAUUUUCAACGCGACAUUGACGGUAUAACACCUUAUGGAAUAAACUAGCCUGUAUUCAACACUCUGGGAUAUACCUGUCACGUGCACGGACUACUUUUUACUUUAUAACUGAAUAAUUUUUUUAUAAUUAAAAAAGUCGAGAAAACUUUAGCUUCAAAAUUAUACGACGUUCAACCUUUAAAUCUAGUCAUAUGACAUAAUUUUUCGCCAUCCGUAUAAUGAAUCAGCUGAUUGAUGGCGUCAUAAAAUGACACUUUUUGCGUCAUUUUCAAAAAAAAAUGACGAUUUAUUAUAAACGCGACUUAUUUCACAUGUACAUGUACUGUAUAUCGACAUACGGUAUUUGAAUUGUCAAUUAAUCACAUUUUCCUUAUUUUGUGUAAUGUGCAUUGUUUAUAAUCCAUGCAUAUACUUUUGACAUUUAAGAAUGUACAACAAGCCGUACAAAUAUCGCGCAAUUCAUAAACAAGAUGUGUUUCUGAAACACAAUGUCCCCCUAUAUGAUAUUUGACCUUGUAGGAUGACCUUGACAUUGUGAAGGAUGACCUUGACCUUGACCUUUCACCACUCAAAAUGUGCAGCUCCAUGAGAUACACAUGCAUGCCAAAUAUCAAGUUGCUAUCUUUAAUAUUGCAAAAUUAUUCAUAAAAUAAGCGAUUUGGGCCACAUAUAUUUGACCUCUGACCUUGAAGGAUGACCUUGACCUUUACCUUUAACCACUCAAAAUGUGCAGCUCCAUGAGAUGCACAUGCAUGCCAAAUAUCAAGUUGCUAUCUUUAAUAUUGCAAAAGUAUUCAUAAAAUGAGCGAUUUUGGCCACAUAUAUUUGACCUCUGACCUUGAAGGAUGGCCUUGACCUUGACCUUUCACCACUCAAAAUGUGCAGCUUCAUGAGAUACACAUGCAUGCCAAAUAUGAAGAUGCUAUCUUCAAUAUAGCAAAAGUUAUUGCAAAAUGUUAAAGUUGGCGCAAACAGACAGACCAACAGACAGACCAA